AAAGCGUAGCAAAACUACACCCGCGAUGGCUACCUCCGUAGACGAAGACGACGUCGACGACGACGACAACAACGACGACGACCUCUCUCUGAGGCCGCGUCGCGGCAUCUAUAUCGAUCGACGCAUGAGCACGCCAGCAACGGGGCGGGCCACGCGCUCGCAUCAUCGGUCCGGGUCGCCGCCGCUUAUGAUUUCGUCGUGUGUACCGCACACACAAACGCGCGUAUCUACGCGGUCGUUAUAGCGACACGUUUGCGCGCAAAUAAGAGCGUGACGUCGUGAUAUCGCGCGGGCGCACAGAGUAUCCCUCGCAGUCGUCGUGUGUUUAUACGCGUGGCGCUGCCGCUAUCUCCGCCGCGAUAUACGACACUCGCGCAGUACGAUAUACGUGUGCACGCGCGCAGUACACGAUUCACUAUACUACAUACGUACACGCUGCAUUAUAUCAAUCCGCGGCCGUGGUCGUCGUCGUUGUCGCUGCCGCAGAGUGAUAUCCGGCAGCGAUGGGCUCGCUGCCCAACCUGCACGAGCUGUGCAAACAGCAACAGCAACAGCAGCAACCGGUGUGCGUGCCCGCGGCCCCGAGGUUGUCGCCGUGCCCAGACCGUGGCGGUGGCAGCGGCACUAGCCGCGCUCAGCACAGGCGACUGCAGCAGACCAACAGCCUGUGCACCAACAACUUUUACGGAGUCAUCGACCGGCAAACCGACAUGCAGAUCGACGAGAAACCGUUUUCACCGACGUCGCUCAGGUCGACGUUAUCCACCACGCACCGUCAGGUGUCCGUCGCCAACGCAUCUUCGGCGAGUGGCAAGAGACGCGACUCGCUGUCCAGCUCGGCUGGAGCCUCGUCAGUACGCCGUCUCAUCGAAGUGGUUCGAACGACUCCGUCCAACAUGGGUCCAGUGUACAGUCGAAGACUGUUGUGCCGCAACUACGUCACGCUGUGCCUUGGACAUGGCGCGGCCGCUGCCGCUUUGGUUCCGUUUAUGGCACUACAGGGUUCUAUUUCCGCUUGGUGGUGGCCGGACAAUUUGAAGCAGAAUGGUGGGUUUACCACCGUCACCACGGACAUUGGUUCUAUCCUGCUGUCUGCAAUGUUUGGCAUGGCAGCGAUGAGCGCACUGUUUGGGCCGACGGCCGUCCACCGUCUGGGCACCAGGACAUGUCUGGUGGCCGGUUACCUGGUAUCCGUCGCGUUCGUUACCGUCCACCUGUACCCAAAGGUGGCGGUACUGGUGCCCGGUUACUUCCUGAUGGGUGCCUGGUUGGGAUGCUGGACGGCGUCUCGGACCGCUGUGCUCAUGGCGCUCGCAUCUAAAAUGGCAUACGUGCUGUCCGACCGAGAGGAGUGCGAACUCGAGGGAAACGGUCGGCGAGAAGCGGUGGCCAGGAAUCUAGCCAGGGGACUCCAGGUGGCACACGAUAUUGGCUUGAUUGCUGGAAACGCAUUCGUCGCGUAUAUGAUAAGUGGCACGCGAACGGACGACAUCCUCGGAACCAUGUUUGCCAGGGACGGUGGACCUGGAACAGAUCGGACUUGCGGUAGCGUCGCCUGCCCGCUGGAAAAUACGGUGGAAAUCAAACUCGGGCCGACCGCCAACUUCUCGUCCAAUCAGACGGUCGCAUUGGUCGACGUCCGCAAUCACAUGGUCUUGCCAUGUAAAACCACGCAGCUGUUGGCCAGCGUCUUCGCCGGAUGCUGUUUCGUCGGCGUCGCCGUCACCGCGACUUUCAUGACCCGCAUCCGACUAUUCGUGUACGCGUCCGCGUCUGAGAAACGAAAAUCGGACAGCGCCAGGUCGUUUGCGGCCGUCCGCGAUGCAUUCCGCAACACCAAACUCCAGCUCAUCGCUCCACUGUCGUUGUUCAUCGGACUUGAACAAGGAUUUAUCUAUUCCGAUUUCUCCAAGUUUUACGUCGUGUGUUCAGUGGGUGUGUCCAAUGUGCCCACAGUUCUGCUGAGCUUGGGUCUGCUUCAACUGGUAGCCGGGUUUACCGUGAGUCUGAUCCUGCAACACAUCCGCCGGUACCAUAUAAUAGUGAUUGGGUUGGCGUUUCAUUCGUGUUUGCUAAUGGUGUUGAUGAAGUGGAAACCGUCCGGCGACGAUGCUGCGCUACUGUACGUCAUAGCAGCCGCCUGGGGCGUGUGCAAUGCCAUUUGGAACACACUGUGUUUCAACUUUGUGAUAUCUCUGUAUCCGGACUACUGGCACGGGCCGAUGGCGCACGGCUACUUCUUUCGGUACGCGGGCAUGGCGCUGGCUUUCGGACUGCACAGUGUCGUGUGCAACACCACCAAACUGUACUGCUUGUCGGCCGCGCUGGUGGUGGCCGUAGUGCUGUACGGCUGGUUGGAGUGGCGAUUGCAGCUGACCGGCAAGCGACGACGGGCCGCCAACCGUUCAUCAUGACGACAGAUCGGAGCCGCGUCCGGCAAUAAUUAGUAACCCGCCACCGCGCAAGUCGUCAAUCAGGAUUCGUACAGUCGUCCUCACGAUCCGAAUGCCACCGCCGCUGACACGAAGAGCAUUUACGCCAAUCAUCACGUCUCUGUAACUGCAACAGCAGUCACCACCGCCGCCGUCGUCAAUCGUCAUCAUCUGCAUAGCACCGCAAAUAUUAUGUAUUAUUGCAGCACGGUGACGUCUCGCCGAAUUAAAUACAUCAUAAGUCAUACGCAUAAGACAAAAUACUAUAAUGUUACAUUAUAAUGAUAUCUACUAUCAAUAAUAUUAUCGUUAUUAGCUGCAGCGGACGUCCUGUACAAGACAAACAAACAACUUACUGGCCCGCACUGACCGUAUUAUAUGUAUUAUUAUUACCUACUUUAUAUUACGUAACCGUACCUACUUGUUGAUGUUUUUUUUUUUAACGGGACGUAUGCAUACAAUAUUCGUCUUGAAUACGUAAUAAUGUGCGCUAAAAGUAAUAAAAAAAAUAAUAAUAAUAACAAAUAAAAACAGGGUGGUUUUUUUUUAUUUGUUUAACGUGCCACUCGUAAUUUUAUACAAAUCAAUAUAAUUUGCAUUUAUGUACAGCAUGACGUAUAUACCGGUUAAAACCAACAAACGGCAAACUCGAUUCGGCGAGAGGAUAGUUAAACUGCUAAAACGAAUCGAUUAAAAUAAUAUGUUGUUCGUUUCACAUCGUUUAUAAAAGCCAUAUUUUAAUAGUAGGUAUAGGUAUAUUUUGAAACGACGAGUGGUUGUUUAACAUAAAUCACACUGUAUAAAUACGAAUGAUAAAAUAUAUAGUACAAUGUUAUGCGCGUGAAUAAAAUUACGUUCAUUCUUAAAUACUCAAUCAGCUGAUAACAAACGUUUUCUUUCAAGACCACGCGUGAUGCGAGUAAAUGCGAUUAUAAAUACGAUUUGCAGAAUUGAAAAAUUUGCAAUUAUUCCAUUGCUACAACUUAUUCCUUACAAUUCACUAACAAAUCGGACUUUGGAGUGGCACGCAAAUAUACGCAAUUAACAGUUACCACCUCCGCCUACUAGACUUACGGAAGCUCGAACUAUACCUUAUCACAUAAUAUUUCCGUAAUACCCGUUAUGAUAAUACUACCAUCACGUUAUGUGCGCGUGAAACUCAGAAGCCCCCCCCCCCCCACAAUAAUUGAGAUAUACAUAUUGUAACAAUAAUUAUCAUUGUUAUGUAACGAUCCUAUGGUUUCAUGUUUACCUUUAAAUCGCCAAAAUGUAAUUAAUUAGUGCAAUUAAUACAAAACACCCAACAAAGGCGUAUUCAGUUUAUAAUUGUAUUUCAAUUUCAAACCAACAAUUGGUUUUGAUUUGUUACGAAAAUAUAAUAAGUUUAUUUUGUAUUAGAUGUGUGAUUUUUUAAAUUCCAAAUUGCUCUAUUUUAAUAACCUGCAUAUCUUUAAAAACUAAACAGUACGUAUUAUAAGAGACACAUUUUUUUUAAAAUGUUAUUUCUAUGUUCUAUUUGUAGAAUAUGAAAAUAAUAACUUUAAAUGCCUAUCUACAAAUAAAAUAUAUUAUAUGACAAUAUAUAAUAUGGACAUUUUGAAUAAAAAUUAUAAUAAUAACUGUUUGUAAUGUUUGUAUGUGUUUUUAUUUUUAAAUUAUAGUAUAAAGUAAAAUAAUAUACCUUCCCAUUAUAGUAGUAAAACAAAAAAACUAAUUUUCUCUUAAUUAUAAAUAUUUAGGAUGUCAACAGAAACGUUGAAAAUAUUUGAUUGGUGUAUUUUUAUUUUCAUUUUAUGUACGAGUAGAUGAUAAUAUUUCAAGAAUUUCCUUGAUCUCUUAAAGCAAAUAUUUGACUGAUUAUCAAAUAAUAAUAUAAUAUUGCAUAUUCGCAUUUUGGGUAAAACACUUCAAUGUCUUCAUAAAAUCAUAAAUUCAAUUACAAUAUUAGUUAUCUAUCCUAAAUAACAUAUUGCCGGUGAAAAUUAUAAUGAAAUCAAAUAAAAAUCAAUUAAUUUUAUUUAAUUGUAAAAGUUAAGUUAUUACACUUCUGAUAUUAUUAAAUGAUCAAAAAUAAAGUGUAUGGUUGAAAUCAACUCUAAAUUGAAUAAUAAAAUAUUCAAAUGGCAUAAUUGGGGAAAAAUUGUGAGUUUGAAAAAUAAUUGUGUUUUAGAUUACGUUAUACACAUUACGAGUUAUAUUUCCGAAAAGCAAUGGCUAUUACUCAUUUACAUUAUAUAAAUAAUGAUUAAUAUUGCCUAAUAAUAAUUUAAAAUUUUAGGUAAGUAAUAAAAAUGUCUUCACUCAAUCUGCAAUAAAGUAACAAAACAAAUAAAAUCAAUUAUUUGAUGUUGUAGACACAUUAUUAUUAGUGUUAAUAUGAGUCUCGAGUAUUAAUUCAAAACGUAUUUUUUUAUACCCAACUAUUCUCAACUGUCAACAGAUUGUUCGAAGGAACAUUUUAUGUACCUAAAAUUUAAAAUUCACAAACAACGUAGGCACGUAAUGUCCCACUAUGUUCUACUGGCAAAAUAUUGGAGGCGAGAAGCUCAAAAAGUUAAGCAGUAAAAUAUCAGGACCUGAGAGGUGAUAUCCACGCAUCCCCACAACUAUGCCAGUGACAAACAUAGAAAGUAUUGCAGUACUUACCCCAUUUGUUACUUAAUCUUUUAUUAACGUAUUUAUUAUAUUUAAAGUCGAUUUAUGGUUUAAUUUUAAUUUUUAGUUAAUGUUAAAAUGUAUGUUUGAUCUAUGUUUAAGAAUAUAGAAAAAAGUGUUGAAUUAUAUUUAAGUACCUACCACGAAAUUAAAAGUGAGGCACUCCUUAAAGCAUACCCUAAUUCCAGAGUAGGCACUAUCUUAAGAAAUGCGUUGUGAACAUAAUUUACGUUAGUAAUGAAAAUUAAUAAAACACCCAAAUUAUUUAAUGUCGCUCAACAGUAAUGAUUGUCAGAAAUUUAUAUAGUUUAUUAUAUGAGUAAAUUUAAUAUUUUAUAAUAUCACAUCCACAUCUCAUAAAGAAUAUAAUGUGACCUCUCGUCGUCGCUGUUGUGUAUAACGAAGAAGCCAAUUACUCAAAAAUAUAAACAAUAAUUAUUAUAUUAAUUAUGCUGUUGCAUUUAGAUGAAUUAUAUAUUAUAAUAACUAUAUUUAAAUUUUAAUGGAUGUUAAAUAUAUAUUUAUAAAAUGUGAAAUUAUUAUUUAAGACGCCACUUUGGUGCAAUGUUUUGUAAAUUAAUAUUAAUUCCUGCUUUCAGUUUAAUCUAAAAAUAAGUUACCUAUGUGAAUGUCUACAACGUUGUAAUUUGUGCAUAGAUAUAUGACGUAUAGUUUUAAUA